AUGGGUCUCGUUGAGUUUGUCGUGGACAAUAUCUCCACAAAGACCGUUGCCGCCUUUCUCGGAUUUGCUACCAUUCUCUGGGUCGUCCUCGGCCGCAUCGAUGAACAUGUUCGCCUCCGUCGCCUUGCCCCUUACACCUCGGGCAAGGUCUAUGGCUUGACCUUUCCCUUUGGCCUUCGCUUCGUCUUUGCCGCUGUCAAGCAUGCCAUGGCACAUACCAACCUGGAGUUCUGGACCAACAAAUUCCGGGAGAUUGACUCCUACACCGGCGAGACACGAGUGCUUGGUCAACGCAUCAUCUCCACGGCCGACCCUGAGAACAUCAAGGCCAUACUUGCUACCCAGUUCAACGACUUUGGCAAGGGCGAGCCGUUCCACGCGGAAUGGAGCGAAUUCCUCGGUGACAGCAUCUUCACCACUGAUGGCGACAAGUGGCACACGAGUCGGCAUCUUAUCCGUCCUCAGUUCAUUCGCGACCGUGUCAGUGACUUGCACUGCUUCGAAUCCCAUAUCCAGACGCUAUUCAAGGCCAUUGCCAACGGUGGAGCACUGAAUGGCGAAGACCAGCCUGUCAACCUCGAGGCCGGCAAUGGUAAGGUUCUCGACAUUAGCGACAUGUUCUUCCGUUAUACCCUUGAUGUUGCAACCGACUUCCUUCUGGGCAAAGAUGUCAAAUCCAUGUCAACCCCCCGCCAAGACUUUGCAGAGGCCUUCAACGAAGUCCAACGGGUCCAGAGCAUCAUUGCCCGUUCGAAUGGGCUUCGUCGUUUCGUUCCCCGUGCCUCCUUCCGCCGUGGCCUUCGUGUCAUCAACGACUUUGUCAACCAGUACAUCGACCGUGCUCUGCGCCUAAGCCCCGAGGAGCUCUCUUCCAAGACCAAAUCUGACAAGGACUACACUUUCCUGCAUGAGCUCGCCUGUUUCACACAAGACCGCAAAGUCAUUCGCGAUCAGCUCGUUGCCGUCCUGCUCGCUGGACGUGACACCACUGCUUGCACCUUGUCAUGGACUAUUUACGAGCUGUCCCGUCAGCCUGAGCUUGUCCGCAAGCUUCGCGACGAGAUCCUCCAGCACAACGUCAUGAACGAGACACUCCGUCUCUAUCCUGUCGUGCCUUACAACGUGCGUCUCGCGCUCCGCGACACGACACUCCCGCGCGGCGGUGGUCCUGACGGCUCUUUGCCCCUGCCUGUUCUGAAGAACACACCCGUCGGCUAUUCUCCUCUCGUCAUGCAGCGCCGUGCAGACAUCUACCCGCCCCCUUCGGCUACAUUCGCCCCCCAUAACGUCUUCUCACCAGAGCGUUGGCAGCACUGGCAGCCGAAGCCGUGGACCUACAUUCCGUUCAACGGCGGGCCGCGCAUCUGCAUUGGACAGCAGUUUGCCCUGACGGAGAUGAGUUAUGUGUUGUGCCGCCUGUUCCAGCGGUACGAGCGGGUUGAGAGCUACAUGGACCAGGUGGACGGCGGCAGCCCUUGUCUCAAGUCGGAGAUUGUGCUGCAACCGGGCGAGGGCGUCAAGGUUGCCUUUUGGGAAGCCAAGAAGGCGUGA